AUGGCGACCGUUACCACCAAAACCGGUCAGGUCGUUGACCGCGCGAACCUGGACGCAAUGCUCCGUCGCCGACUCUUCUACACCCCCGCCUUCGAAAUUUACGGUGGUGUCUCCGGUCUCUACGACUAUGGCCCCCCCGGAUGUUCGCUCGUGAACAACAUCAUCGACCUGUGGCGGAAACACUUCGUGCUGGAGGAGGAUAUGUUGGAGGUCGACUGCACCAUGCUGACCCCGGAAGAGAUCCUAAAGACCAGUGGCCACGUUGAAAAAUUCGCCGACUGGAUGUGCAAGGAUCCUAAGACUGGUGAGAUCUUCCGCGCCGAUCACUUGGUGGAGGAGGUGCUCGAGGCCCGCCUGAAGGGCGACCUGGAGGCGCGUGGCCAGGAGGUCGUCGUCGACGAGGCGAAGGAAGCGAAGAAGAAGAGGAAGACCAAGUCGAAGGCCGUCAAGCUGGACGAUGAGGUCGUCAAGGAGUACGAGGAGACCCUAGCUCAGAUUGACAACUUCGACGGGCCUGAGCUGGAAAAAAUCAUCGCCAAGUACGAUAUCCGCAACCCCACCACCGGCGGCAACCUCCUUCCCCCUGUCGCCUUCAACCUGAUGUUCCAGACUUCGAUCGGCCCUAGCAGCAACAUGCCCGGUUACCUGCGACCUGAAACCGCCCAGGGCCAGUUUUUGAACUUCCACAAGCUGUUGAAUUUCAACCAGCAGUCUAUGCCCUUCGCGUCGGCCUCCAUCGGCAAGUCGUUCCGGAACGAGAUCUCGCCCCGCUCCAGUCUUCUGCGAGUUCGGGAGUUCCUCAUGGCUGAGAUCGAGCACUACGUCGACCCCGAGGGUGGUAAGAAGCACGCUCGUUUCGAGGAAAUCAAGGACGUCGAAAUGGCCUUCCUCAACCGCGAUGUGCAGCUGUCGGGUAGCACCCAGACCGAAACGAUGACCAUCGGCAAGGCUGUUGAGACUGGCAUGGUGGACAACGAGACCCUUGGAUAUUUCAUCGCUCGCAUUCAGCAGUUCCUGCUCAAGCUUGGAAUCGACCCGACCAAGCUCCGUUUCCGUCAGCACAUGGCUAACGAAAUGGCUCACUAUGCAGCCGAUUGCUGGGAUGCCGAGAUGCUAACCAGCUACGGUUGGGUUGAGUGCGUCGGCUGUGCCGAUCGCAGUGCUUAUGACCUCACGGUGCACAAGAACAAAACCGGAGCCCAAUUGGUUGUCCGAGAGCCUCGCGCAGAGCCCAUCAAGGUCGAGGAGUGGCAGGUUGAGACAAACCAAAAGACUUUUGGCCCGCGCUUCAAGAAGGAUGGCAAGACUGUGGCCGCCGCCCUGGACGCCCUUUCUCAAGAACUACGCGAGAAGCUGUCUCUGGAUCUGGAGAAAGAGGGCAAAAUCGAGGUGGAUGUGGAGGGGGUUGGCUCUGGCAAGGUCGAGCUGGACAAGAAUUUAGUUACCAUCGAGAAGCGGACUCGCGUCGACCACGUCCGUGAAUUUACCCCCAAUGUGAUCGAGCCGUCCUUUGGUAUCGGCCGUAUCUUCUACAGCAUGAUUGAACAUUCUUACUGGUAUCGGGAGGGCGACGAGGCGCGCGGUGUUCUUUCCUUCCCCCCGAUCAUUGCACCUAUCAAGGUCCUCAUCGUUCCCCUCUCGAACCUUGCCGAUUUCCGCCCUCUGACGCAGCACCUGAUUACCAGGCUGCGACGCGCUGGCAUCUCUAGUCGCGUGGAUGACUCUGGGGCUAGCAUCGGAAAACGGUACGCCCGUAACGACGAGCUGGGUACGCCGUUCGGUAUUACUGUGGACUUCCAGUCUAUUAAGGACAAAUCCUUCACGCUCCGUGAUCGGGACACGACGAAGCAGGUGCGCGCUAGCGAGGAUGAGAUCGUCCAGGCCCUCAAGGCGAUGGUGGAGGGCGAUGAGACGUGGGAGGAUAUCCGCAAACGUCUGCCCGAAUUUACCGGGCAGGAGCUUGAAUAG